AUGGGUAUGAUUCUUCUUCUAUCUCCAACCACUCCAUCACUGUUGUCUAGCAACCACUUCAACUCCAUUUCUUCUUCUACCUGUAGCAUUAGCAGCAGCGGUAGCCGUAACCGUAGAGAUAAACGCAAACACGAUGAUGCUUGUUCUUUUAGAAACAUUGAUGAUGCCCUUGCUUCUUUCGAUCACAUGCUUCAUAGGAAACCCCUGCCUUGUAUUAUCCAAUUCACUAAAUUAUUGUCUGCAAUUGUCAAAAUGGGACAGUAAUACGAUACCGUGAUUUCUCUUACCAAACAAAUGGAAUUAGCUGGGCUCUCUCCUAAUAUUUAUACUCUUUCUAUCUUGAUCAAUUGCUUCUCCCACUUGCAACGUGUUGAUCUUGCCUUCUCUGUCUUAGCCAAAAUCAUUAAACUUGGUCUUCAACCCACUAUCGUCACAUUUACCACCUUAAUCAAUUGGCUCUGUAAAGUGGGUAAAUUUGCCCAAGCCAUGGAAUUAUUUGAUGACAUGGUGUCAAGAGGGUGUCGACCUGAUGUCUACACUUAUACUACGAUUAUCAAUGGCUUAUGUAAGAUCGGGGAAACUGCUGCGGCUGCUGGAUUGCUUAAGAAAAUGGAAGAGGCAGGCUGCCAGCCGAAUGUGGUUACAUACAGUACAAUCAUUGAUAGUCAUCGCAAAGAUAGGCGGGUGAAUGACGCUUUAGAUAUCUUCUCUUAUAUGAAGGUUAAAGGCAUUUCCCCUGAUAUUAUCACUUACAACUCUUUGAUCCAGGGCUUAUGCAAUUUCAGCCAAUGGAAGGAGGCUUCGGCAUUGCUAAAUGAAAUGAGGAGUUUGAAUAUCAUGCCAGAUAUUGUCACCUUCAACGUGCUAGUUGAUACAAUUUGCAAAGAAGGCAAGGUUUCAGAGGCUCAAGGUGUGUUAAAAACAAUGACUGAAAUGGGUGUGGAGCCUGAUGUUGUUACGUACAGUUCAUUGAUGUAUGGAUAUUCCUUGCAGUCGGAAGUUGUUGAAGCUAGAAAGUUGUUUGAAGCCAUGAUAACCAAGGGUUGUAAACCUGAUGUGUUUAGUUAUAACAUCUUAAUUAAUGGAUAUUGUAAGGUGAAAAGGAUAGAUGAGGCCAAGCAGCUUUUUAAUGAAAUGAUUCAUCAAGGCUUAACUCCAAACAAUGUUAGUUACAACACUCUUAUUCAUGGCUUGUGCCAGUUAGGCAGUCUUAGGGAAGCACACAAUCUUUUCAAGAAUAUGCACACCAAUGGCAACCUCCCAAAUCUAUUUACCUACUCAAUAUUGCUUAAUGGUUUUUGCAAACAAGGGUAUUUUGGUAAGGCAUUCAGACUGUUUCGAGCAAUGGAAAGUACUUACUCGAAGCCUAAUCUGGUGAUGUAUAACAUCCUGAUUGACGCCAUGUGCAAAUCCGGGAACCUUGGAGAUGCAAGGAAACUGUUUUCAGAACUCUUUGUCAAAGGGUUGCAGCCUAAUGCUCAGAUAUACACUACAAUAAUAAAUGGACUUUGUAAAGAAGGAUUGUUAGAUGAAGCAUUGGAAGCUUUCCGAAAUAUGGAAGAGGAUGGCUGCCCUCCAGAUGAAAUUUCUUAUAAUGUUAUUAUUCGAGGUUUUCUCCAUCACAAGGAUGAAUCAAGGGCAGUGCAACUUAUUGGAGAAAUGAGAGACAAAGGUUUCAUUGCAGAUGUGGGGACCCCAGCUUGGUAGAAGAUCUGUUUUCUAAUGAAGACAAUCUUGUUCUGAAGAAGUAUCGAGGCUUACAUGAAGUUCGUCAAGGUUGAAAGGUGAUGUAAAUUUUUAUUUCUCUAUGCUGCAAAUUCAUGUGGAAAAUAGUAAGUAAUUUUUCCUCAAUGUGUAAGUUAGUUUUUACUUCAAUCAUGUCAACAUUUGAACAAUGACAUUAGUUACUUGCUACAACAUAAUUGGAAUUGCUAAACUAAAUGUUCAUCUUGAUGAAUGGUUGUGGUCGUACAUUGAAUCAGAUUUCUAUAUA